GCAGAGUCGCUCUGCGGGUGCCUUGAUCGCGAGCGGGAGCUGCGGGCUGGAGCGCCGGACGGCUGCUGCAGGUAUAAAGACCAGAAGGUAUUAUUACUUGUUCAGAGAUGGAAAACACUACCACGGUCAUUUCUCGGGAGGAGCUGGAAGAACUACAAGAAGCAUUUAAUAAAAUAGAUAUUGACAACAGUGGGUAUGUCAGUGACUAUGAACUUCAAGACCUGUUUAAGGAAGCAAGCCUCCCUCUGCCUGGCUACAAAGUUCGCGAGAUCGUAGAGAAAAUUCUAGUAGUUGCUGACAGCAGCAAAGAUGGCAAAAUCAGCUUUGAAGAGUUUGUGUCUCUAAUGCAAGAGUUAAAAAGCAAAGAUAUCAGCAAAACAUUCCGAAAAAGAAUUAGCAAAAAGGAAGGAAUUACUGCUGUUGGAGGAACAUCAUCCAUCUCCAGUGAGGGCACACAGCAUUCUUACUCAGAGGAAGAAAAAGUGGCGUUUGUUAACUGGGUAAACAAAGCCCUGGAGAAUGACCCUGACUGUCAGCAUCUCCUACCCAUGAAUCCCAGUGAUGGCAGUCUUUUCAAAUCACUUGCAGAUGGCAUCCUUCUUUGCAAAAUGAUCAACUUAUCUGAACCAGAUACAAUUGAUGAAAGAGCCAUUAAUAAGAAAAAACUCACUCCUUUCACUAUUUCUGAAAAUUUAAACCUAGCGUUGAAUUCUGCCUCUGCCAUUGGCUGUACUGUGGUCAACAUUGGCGCACAGGAUCUGAAAGAAGGAAAGCCUCACUUGGUCUUGGGACUUCUCUGGCAGAUCAUCAAAGUUGGCCUUUUUGCUGACAUUGAGAUUUCCAGGAAUGAAGCUCUGAUUGCAUUGCUGAAUGAAGGUGAGGAACUUGAGGAGCUGAUGAAGCUUUCUCCUGAGGAAUUACUGCUGCGAUGGGUCAACUACCAUCUGACCAAUGCGGGAUGGCGUACCAUUAGCAACUUCAGCCAAGACAUUAAGGAUUCAAGAGCCUAUUUCCAUCUGCUAAAUCAGAUUGCACCUAACGGUGAGCGGGGUGAUGGGCCUGCCAUUGCCAUUGACCUUUCAGGAUUUAACGAGAAAAAUGACAUGAAGCGUGCAGGAUACAUGCUUCAGGAAGCAGAUAAACUGGGCUGCCGACAGUUUGUUACUCCUGCAGAUGUGGUUUCAGGCAAUCCUAAACUUAAUUUAGCUUUUGUAGCUAAUCUGUUUAACACAUAUCCAGGCCUACACAAGCCUAAUAAUAAUGACAUCGAUAUGAAUUUGUUGGAAGGAGAGAGCAAGGAAGAGAGAACAUUUCGAAACUGGAUGAAUUCCUUGGGGGUCAACCCAUACAUUAAUCAUUUAUACAGUGACCUUGCAGAUGCUCUAGUGAUUUUUCAGCUCUAUGAAAUGAUCCGCGUGCCAGUCAACUGGAGCCAUGUCAACAAACCUCCUUAUCCUGCUCUUGGAGGGAACAUGAAGAAGAUUGAAAAUUGUAACUAUGCUGUGGAACUUGGAAAGAAUACAGCCAAAUUCUCCUUGGUUGGCAUUGCUGGGCAGGACCUAAAUGAAGGAAAUGCCACACUUACUCUGGCAUUGGUAUGGCAGCUGAUGAGAAGAUACACAUUGAAUGUGUUAUCAGAUCUUGGAGAGGGUGAAAAAGUAAAUGAUGACAUUAUUAUUAAUUGGGUUAACCAGACUCUUAAACAUGCAAACAAAAAGACUUCUAUUUCCAGCUUCAAGGACAAAUCUAUUAGCACAAGUUUACCUGUCCUAGAUUUAAUAGAUGCCAUUGCACCAAAUGCAAUUCGUCAAGAAAUGAUCAAGCGAGAAAACUUAUCUGAUGAGGACAAGCUGAACAAUGCUAAAUAUGCCAUUUCAGUUGCUCGAAAGAUCGGUGCCCGGAUAUAUGCCUUACCUGAUGAUCUCGUAGAAGUGAAACCAGAGAUGGUCAUGACGGUGUUUGCAUGCUUAAUGGGAAAAGGGUUGAACAAAAUAAAAUAAUGAACCAUUUAAUAUGAUUUUCUGCCACAUUAAAGACUUCAAAUGCCUCAGUUUACAGAAUUCUGAAAUGUAAUGAAUAUAAAACCAGAGAUUCUUUAUACACUCAAAAUAGUUACAUAAUUCAUUAAUGAAUCCAGUGUUCUGCUCAUGCUAGUUAGAAUAUUGUCAACGUUUUGGGAUAAUACAGUUAAUUUAGAAAUUGAUGCUGGUAAUAUAAUGUUCAUUGUAAAGCUGAUAUUUCAUGAUUAAAUUAUUUUUCUUUCCUCGAAUUCUCAUUAAAACAAGACUAAUUCAUUCUUUUUCAUGGUUCAAAAAAGAUCAGUACAAAAAUUUUUUCAAGUCCUACUGUGAAAGGUGUUUUGAUUUUGUGUGUGUGUUAAUUUAGAUCAUAAAUGUAUUCACAGUCAUAAUCUACUUUAAACUUUUUACUUUCCUUUAUAUAAAGUGGCCUAAAACUUUAACUUUUCUGUAAAUUUCUAUAUUAUCUAAAAUUUGUGACAAAUAUUAUUCAUUAACAUUAAACUUUUUCAUAUAUGAGAACUCAACCCCAAAAUUACAUGAAUUUUUUCCUUAAAAGUGAAGUAGUUGCUUUUUACUUAAAAUUUAAUUUUGACUGCAGUGAGACU